GUUUAGGGGUGAGACAAAGAAAAUGGUAGAAGACAGAGAAAAGAGAGGGGCAAUUUGGAUUGAGAAUAAGUGUAAAAGGGACAGAAGAAGAAGAUGAAUAACAAAUGAUACUGUAAAGAGGUGAUGAGCCAUAAUCCUCAUCAUUGUCACGUCGUUUUUACUUCACAUACAUCGAUAACUCCCAGAAUUCCACGCUCUCUCUCUUUCUAUUAUUUGUCUGCUCUUUUUUUUUUUUUCCUUCUGAUUUUCGUCUUUGCUCUCUAUCUCUCUAUGUAGCCUUGAGAUGUAGUCUAGUCAACUGUCCUCUCUUUGUUUCAGUUUAACCAACACCAUUCCUUCUGUGUUCCCUUUUUCUUUCUGUCUGCACCGUUCAAUCUCUAUCUCUAUCUAACUCAAAAUACCCUACCUACUAUUUUCUUUUCAUCUCAGAUCAAAAUACCCCAUUCCCACCAAUAACCUAUAUUUUUGAUUCACCAAGAUUUCAAACCCUAAAUCUUUCUCGUUGAAGAAUUGGAUGAUGGGGUACAAUGAUGGAGGAGAUUUUGAUAGCAUUCCAGAUUCAAUUAACAGCUGGAGAUUUCGGCCUCUCGCGCCAAGACCUGCUGCUAGUUCCACCACCACCAUCACAAACCCUCAUUGCUUGGGCCGUAUAAAUGACAAUAAUCUUCUUUCUCUAAAUCACCGUUUUUCCGGUGUGACUGAAAAAAAUAAGAGAGAGUUCAAUACACAGCAGGUUGUAGCGAGCUCACGCUGGAAUCCUACGCCAGAUCAACUACAAACCCUCGAAGAACUGUAUCGACGGGGCAUUCGAACUCCUUCGGCCGAGCAAAUUCAGCACAUUACUACACAACUUCGACGAUAUGGAAAGAUUGAAGGAAAGAAUGUGUUUUACUGGUUUCAGAAUCAUAAAGCUAGAGAGAGGCAAAAACGCCGCCGUCAGCUGGAAUCUGUCUCUGAUAAUGAACCACCCCGGAAUAACAUGGAGAAUGGUGGAAAAAAAGAAUCUGCAGAUGCAAACAGGACAGGAUUUGAAGGUGAACAGACAGGAAAUUGGGCAUCUCCUAUAAACUGCAGUACAACUGCAAAGAAAACCCUUUCAUUAACACAAAGGGCAGCAAAAGCAGCAGAAGCAGAAUGUAAGUCAGAUGGAUGGGUACAGUUCGAUGAGGCUGCUGAAUUACAACAAAGGAAGACCCUAGUAGAAAGGAAUGCCACGUGGCAAAUGAUGCACUUGUCUUGUUCAUCGUCUCCUACAAACCUAAUGAACCCAACUCCUGAUGUUACAUCUGCUUCUUGUCCAUUAACAGUAACAGUAAUCGACCCAAAGCUCAUCAAAUCUCAAUAUUCUGAUAUUUUUAUCGGAACCCAAGACGAGGAAUUCCAGACCCUUCAAUUGUUUCCUCUUCAAAGCGGCCAUGGCUAUAGCAGUAACAACGAAGGUUUAACGGAGAAUGAGACGGAGAUGUCUGCAGCAGCCAUGAAUUCUAACUUCACUUCUUUCCAGUUUUUUGAGUUCCUACCAUUGAAGAAUUAAUUAAUAUGCAUGGAAUAAAAAAGCAGUAUCUAUGUAUUAAAACUAUGGAUUUGUAUUUACUCGCUUGAAACUGGAAACAGGAAAUUUUUUUGCUGAUCUUGAUGUAACAUUUCAAUGGUAGAUUUUGGCUAUGCAAAAAGAUUGCCUUAAAAUGCUUUUGGACCAUUUUGGGUGAA